GUCCUCGGAGGAAUCCGCCCCCAGCUUUCAGGCAAGCUGUGCCAAAGAUAAACCAGACAGAGAGGAAAAGUCCCUCCUUCCCAAAGAUGAACCAGAUCACGUACAGGAUUCCAGCUGCUUCCAGAAAAGCCGGCUCCUCAAUUGCAGGCCGUAGUUGACUGCUGACCUGCUGCCCUGGGCCAUGGACACUCCUGGCUAUGCUUCACCGGUGCCCACGACCGUGGACCCUGGGAAUGCCUCCUCGGCCUGGCCGCUGGACACCACCCUUGGAAACAGCUCUGUGGCCCCGGGCCCGGCAGGGCUGGCCAUCAGCGGUAUCCUGAUCCCUCUUGUCUACCUGGUGGUGUGCGUGGUGGGGCUUCUGGGGAACUCACUGGUCAUCUACGUGGUCCUGCGGCACACAGCCAGCCCGUCGGUCACCAGCGUGUACAUCCUCAACCUUGCUCUGGCGGAUGAGCUCUUCAUGCUGGGGCUGCCCUUCCUGGCCGCCCAGAAUGCUCUGUCCUACUGGCCCUUCGGCUCCCUCAUGUGUCGCCUGGUGAUGGCUGUGGACGGCAUCAACCAGUUCACCAGCAUCUUCUGCCUCACGGUCAUGAGCGUGGACCGCUACCUGGCCGUGGUGCACCCCACGCGCUCGGCCCGCUGGCGCACAGCCCCGGUGGCCCGCAUGGUCAGCGCGGCUGUCUGGGUGGCCUCGGCCGUGGUGGUGCUGCCUGUGGUGGUCUUCUCGGGUGUGCCCCGGGGCAUGAGCACUUGCCACAUGCAGUGGCCUGAGCCGGCAGCCGCCUGGCGAGCCGCUUUCAUCAUCUACACGGCUGCGCUGGGCUUCUUUGGGCCGCUGCUGGUCAUCUGCCUCUGCUACCUGCUCAUCGUGGUGAAGGUGCGCUCGGCAGGGCGUCGGGUGUGGGCGCCCUCGUGCCAGUGGGUGCAGGCGCCCUCGGGCCAGCGGCGCCGGCGCUCCGAGCGCAGGGUCACACGCAUGGUGGUGGCGGUGGUGGCACUGUUUGUCCUCUGCUGGAUGCCCUUCUACGUGCUCAACAUUGUCAAUGUGGUGUGCCCGCUGCCUGAGGAGCCCGCCUUCUUUGGCCUCUACUUCCUGGUGGUGGCACUGCCCUAUGCCAACAGCUGUGCCAACCCUAUACUCUAUGGCUUCCUCUCCUACCGCUUCAAGCAGGGAUUCCGCAGGGUCCUGCUGCGGCCGUCCCGCCGGGUGCGCAGCCAGGAGCCCCCCACCGGCCCGCUGGAGAAGACAGAGGAGGAGGAUGAGGACGAGGAGGGAGAGGAGGGUGGGGAGGAGCAGGAGAGGAAAGAGAGGAAAUGGAAGGAGCUCAAUGGCGGCGUGGUCAGCAAGAUCGCGCAGCCGGGCACCAGUGGGCAGGAGCGCUCGCCCAGUGCCACGGCAGGCAAAGGUGGGCAGCCCCUCCCCCAGGAGUCCUCUGCCGGGCCGAAGUCCGGCCCUCUCCACGUGCAGGGCCGAUAGGCAGCAGGGAAAGAGCUGGUGCCCCCAGAGGGCAGAGGCUAUAGACCUGGCCACACAGGAUGCUCAGAGCCUGGACUCUGAUCUUGUGAUGACCAGGACUGCUGUGGAACCUUGGCAGGUUACUCACUGUCUCUGGGCCUUGUUUUCUUCUCUGUGACUCAGGGAUGGGGGAAAUCAGCCUGUAUGGGGCUCUGUGAGAGGAGAGCCCUGCAGUGCUGGGCUGUCAGGCUGAACUUCUGGAGCAGUGCCCAGGUCAGGAGCCUGGCGCUCCUCGGGACACGGGGGAGAUUCAGGCCCAGCUCAGCCCUCUGGGGCCGCCUCAGGUCCGGGCUGGCUCAACUCCUGCACACCUCCUCCUCUGCUGCCCUGCCCACUCUGGUGCCCGCCGGGCGUCGGGGGCUCCUCCAGCCAUGCUGGAAAUCCUACAAGGGGAAAAGCGGCUGAUUUUCCAGGCAGCGAAUUGUCUUGCUUCAGUGUCUCUUCUGCUCGGGUCCUUUGGAGGCCUUGUGCUCAUUUUGUUUGUUGAGACAGGCUCUCGCCCUGUAAUUCAGGCUGGCCUUAACCUCACUAUGCAGCUCAGGCUGGCCUUGAACUCAUGCCAAUCCUCCUGCCUCAGCCUCCCUCCCUAGUGCUGAGAUUACAGGUGUGCACCACCAUGCCUGGCGUUCCACACUCAUUUUGUACUCAUGAUUUUGUACUCUUUUUCUUAGAGAGGGCCCCAAAUUGCAUAAACCUAGUUGGGCCUCCAUUGAGCUCAGCCACCUGAUCCCCAAGGCAACUAGACUCCCCAGGACUCUCUGUCCCAGGGGGCUUCUUAGGAGGGACCAGCCCUGUCCCUCUCCUGCAACCUGCUUCGUCCUCACUCUGAGACCAAGGCUGAGAUUGGCAGUGUCUGAAGAGCAGAAUGAGGGGACAAAGGAAGAGGAAGGGGAAGAGGCAGGAGGAAGAGGAAGCAGAAGGAAGGGGCAGAGAAGAGGACAGGUGAUUCUGAUGACCUUGGAGUUGACCUUGGUCCUACUGGGCUGAGCUCAAUAGCUGUAUCCAUGGACCCGGGUUGACUGAUCUCCUGUCCAACUUUUCUCUAGGAAAGGAUGUGACAGGUCAGCAAAUGUCCCCAAAUGUACACGGCCAGCCCCUUUUGUGCUGUUAAGGCCAGUGUGGCCUUGACAGAGGUCCAGGGAGUGGACAUUGGGAAGAUGAGCCCCUCACGUGUUGUGAGGGUAGGUCCCUCCAUCACCCCAGUGUCUAUACUCUCAUAAGCACUGUCCAAGGGGGCCUGGCCUGCCUGCCGAGAUGACCCCUUAGAGCCACAAGGAGAUGGCCCUGGGGCAGUUGGUACUUCUGGCCAAGCCCCCUACUCCCACCUCCCCGAGGGCAGGGGGCCCUCAGGGAAAGCACCUGAACCAGAAUUUUGGAGACCUGAGUCUUCAAGUCACCUCAGGACCUUGACCAGCUCUGACCUCUCUGGACCUCCAUUUCUCCAUCAUAGAAUGGAGGUGGAUGCUUCAGCCUGCCUGCCUCCUGGAAUUUGGGGACAGGAGCUGUUGUUCUAGGGAAACAGCCAGUCACUGAAAGGGGUGGGCUGGGCUAGGGCAGAUGACAGGGUGGAGGUGCGCUCCCCAUGCCCAGCCUUGGCCCACACCCCUCUCCUAUGUCAGGUGGUCUUUCUGGGUCCAGCUUUCAAAAGUGCGCCCACUACAGGCCUUGAGAGAUGGCAGUAGAGGAGGCCUAGGGCCAGGAGGCACGGCUCGGGGCUAGAGCAGACCUCCUGAAAGGGAAGGAAAGACUCAAACCCACACUGAUGUGGAGGCUGCAGGCCUGAGGCCCAGCCCUGGGCAGAGUGUAGAGCUCCCCUGGAAAGGACCAGAGCGUCGGAGGGAGAAGUUGCCCCUGGCACUCCAGCCACCCCUGCCUUCUUGACUCCUGGGCAGAGAGCAGUGUCUUGCAAGGGAAGCAGGAGGCUGGUCAGGAAAUCCUUUGCUGCUUCUGCCCCUAACUCUUGUCAAUAAAGAUGGUGACAUGUGACAACA